AUGUUUAUUAAAGAUGAAAACGAUAGCAACAGUCUUAACAAUUUUACUUAUAAUAGCCAUAGUGUUAUUUCUUUAUUUCAUUUCUUAAGUGCUGGUAAUAAUAAUGAGGGAAGUAACUUAUGUGAAUUAGUUAAUAGUGGUGAUAAUCAAAUAGUACAUGAUGAUAAAAAUACAAAUGGGGGGGAGAAAAAAGGAGAAAAAUAUUUACACAAAUACAGAUCGACAUUCUCUCUAGGAGCUAUGAAAAAAGAGGGUGAUCAUAAAAAUUGUAAAUCCGUAGAAAAUAUAAGAAAAGGCAAAGAUUGUGAUAUGAAUAACAGGAAUGUAACUAUUAAUAGUAGUAAUGGCAGUAGUAAAAGAAGCGGUAUAAGUAGCGUUAUAAGUAGCGGUAUAAGUAGUGGUAUAAGUAGCGGUAUAAGUAGCGGUAUAAAUAGCGGUAUAAGUAGCGGUAUAAGUAGCGGUAUAAAUAGCGGUAUAAAUAGCGGUAUAAGAAGUAGUAAAAUUAGUAGUAAAAGCAAUAGUAAAAGUGGCCGUAAAAAGAGUUAUCACUACAGAGACACAGAAUGUUUGGUAUAUCAUGAAUCCUUCAAGAUGAUUUAUGAAGGUACAAAUGUACAUGUAGAAAUUCCAACGGCAAUUCAUUGCUUGGGGGAGGAUGACGGAAGGUAUAAUAAUCAUGAGCAUAAGUGUAAGAGUAUGAAGGGAAUAGACACAGGAGAAGUGAGAACACAUAGAAUGGGUGAUAUUAAUAUUAGUGGUGAAAUUAUCACGAAUGGAAAAGACAGUAGUAAAAGGAAAGAGAGUUGUCUAAUCCCAAUUGAUAACUUAAAAGGAUUUUUAAAGAACUGUGUAAAAGAGUCCAAUUGGAAAAACAGAGAUUUGUUUUUAAGAAGCAUGAGAAAUGUUGAUGAUAUUUUGAAUUAUAAUUUUCAUGCUAUACGAGAAGGGGUAUAUAAAUUAAAUGAACUUUCUUUUUAUGAACAUGACAAUUUUCUCCUUCAUAUAAUACGAAAUAAGAAAAGAAAAGUGGAAGAAAGCAAAGGAAUAGAAUCAAAAUUGUGUGUAAACCAUGAACCAGUUGACACAUGCUACAUAAGGUGUAAUAAGAGUGAUGUGCAAAACGGCAAUACGCAGUUAGAAAAAAAUGAUAUUUCCAAAGUCAAUCCAAAUGAUGAUUAUUCCAAAUGGUUGAUGAACAGGUGUUGUAGUUGUACUUCCAAAUUGAUUAUGUUACUUAAGGAGGAAGAAAAAAAUUGCGAAAAAUUGGAAGAAAUAAAAAAAAUGGAAAAUUUUGAGGAACAGAAUGACAAAACGGACGAGAAAAGAGUACUAAGGGAAAAUGAAGACACAAAAAUAGAGGAAAAGAUAAGCCAGGAUUCGCUACGGUCACUGUCGAGGCCAUUACCAUUUUCACUGAAUCCAUAUUCAGUGUCAACCCUACCGUCUGCACCAUUAACAUUUUCCGUCUACGAUAAAGCAGAGCAGAUUAACUGCAUGGAAGAACCUGGAAAUACUUACAAAUUUGUUCUUCAUAUCAAGCAGAAAGAAGAAAAGGCAAAAGAGUUGUAUGUUUUAAAAUCGCGCGUAAUUUUUAACUCAAAAUUUGAAAGUGCAAAUUUGCAGUAUGUGAUGAAAGAAAAAAAUAAAGAAGUAUAUUCUUUAUUUUUAAAUAGUGAUAUAAGAAUGAAUGAGAAAAAAAAUCAGUGGUUUUACUUUAGUGCUAGUCUUGUUCCAGAUGAGUAUUACUCUAACGAAUUGAUUAAAAAAUUAAAUAAGCAAAGAUGUAUGAAUAAAUUUAUAUAUGAAAUAAAUAAAGACAAGUACAUACAUUAUGAUAAUGUAAAAUGUGCAGUGGAUUUUUCUGAUAAAUUUGCCAUUAGUAAUAGUAAGAAAUUAAAAAAACCAUUUACUGUUCAAUUUAAGAUAGCAAAUAUGUCUAAACCUUUUUUUAUAUAUAAAGAUGGUCAUUCUCCUUUAGUUUUUUCUGAAUGUAAAUAUAAAUUUGAAAACAAACAAUGGGAAAGAACUGCAUAUAAUAUUAAAUAUAUAAAGAAUAAUACUUCGAAAUAUUUUAAUAUAAAAAAGAAUUGUAUGGAAAAUUUAAGUUAUGCUACUUAUACGUUACAGUUUAGUUAUGACUUUACCUAUACAUAUGAUACUGUUUAUUUUGCUAGUUCAUAUCCGUACACUUAUUCGUAUUUAAUGCAGCAUUUAACAUACAUAAAAAAUUAUGUAAGUGAAAAGAAACAUAUUAAUUAUUUAGAUUUGACAUUAUGUAAAACAAGCUGUGGAUUUAAUUGCCCCCUUUUGGCAAUAACAAAUUAUGAUAAUAUAGACGAUACACUUAAUACGAGGGAUGGAAAAAACGACCCCUCAAGGGGUAGUAUCGUAAGUGCGACCAAUUGUGAUGUUAAUAACGAUGUUAAAAGUAAUAUUAAUGAUGAAAUUAGAAUUUUUAAUGAAAAAGGAAAGGAUGAAAAUUAUGAUAUAAAAAAGGAAAAAUACGUUACUUCGGUCAACGAAAGGACCAAGAAAUGUAGUGAUUUACAAAGUGAGUUACGUAGUGAUCUGCAAAGUGAGUUACGUAGUGAUCUGCAAAGUGAGUUACGUAGUGAUCUACAUAGUGAGUUACGUAGUGAUCUACAAAGUGAGUUACGUAGUGAUCUGCAUAAUGAGAAAUGUAAUCUAAGUGAUAUAAACAUCAGGAGUGUAACUGCAUUUGAGAAUGAACAUGUCAUAUCGUGCAGUGCUCUAUGUAACGAAACAAAAUGUUCAGGUAAAAAUGAAACAUGCAAGUAUCGGAGUAGCAGUAAGGAUAACCACGUGAACAAUAACGGGGGAGUUAUUACAGGGAUAAGGGCUUUUGGAAAAUAUAAGAGUUAUGUCGGAUUUAGCGACAAUACCGCAAAUAGAGGUUGUGGUACAAAUAAUAUUAAUAUCGACUGUAGAGACGAACAUAAUGAAAAGUGGUGUCUGUAUAAUUUAUGUCACCAUUCAAGUGUCGACGAUUACAUAGAAAAGCUUCCUUUUGAUAUGAAUGGAAAAAAGGGAGGGGAGCAUCCCCCCUCGAAUAGCGAUGUAUUGGGGAAAAUUGACACGGAAAAACUCGGAAAACGAUCAAACAGUUUUAUGAAUGAACUGCCGAGUUUAUUAAAAAACAAGUUUUAUUAUGAGGGUAAGAGAAAUAAAACGAAUGUAGAAUUGAAGUCAAUACAGUCGUCCAUAUUGAAAUCAUCCCAAUUACAGUCAUUCCAAUUACAAUCAUCCCAAUUACAAUCAUCCCAAUCACAGUCAUCCCAAUUACAGUCAUCCCAAUUACAAUCAUCCCAAUCACAGUCAUCCCAUCGCAGCGAAUCAUCUUGUAACUCAAAAAAAGAAGAAAAAAAAAUAAUUAUUUUAACUGCUAGGGUGCAUCCAGGAGAGACAAAUGCAAGUUAUGUGAUGCAUGGUUUUUUGUCCUUCAUCAUAUCAGAUAGUAUAUAUGCCAAUAUUCUUCGUAAUAAUUACAUUUUUAUAAUUAUACCAAUGCUUAAUAUCGAUGGAGUAGUACUUGGACAUAAUAGAUAUUGCUCAAACGGGUUUGACCUGAACAGGCAAUGGAAUAUACCCAUUUAUUAUUUACACCCAACUAUCUAUUCAGUAAAAUGGAUGAUGAAAAGAAUUAGCAAAACAAAGGAAAUCAUAUUUUAUUGUGAUUUUCAUGAGCAUUCAAGAAAAUAUAAUUGUUUCUUAUAUGGAAAUUUGGAAACAAAAACGUACAUAAAAAAUAGAAAGUUGGCUGAAAUAUUUCCCGGAAUAUUUUCCCAAUCGACUCCUUGGUUUUCCCUUGAACGUACCAUAUUUAAAAGUGAAGAAAAUGAAAAUUGUGGGAUAGCAAGAUAUGUCUGUGGGAAGGAGUUCAAAAUUGACUGUAGUUACACGUUGGAAAUUUCGCUGUUAGGCGUGCAAAUAAAGAGGGAUUCCAUCAUGGACCACAGCUACAGUAGUUAUGGUAACUAUGGUAGCUGCGAUCACAGCUUGGACCAUAACUGUGGUCACUAUUUUAACUUUUUGCAUCCUGUUAAAAAGGAGGAUCCUUUUUUUUCGGAGAAAAAUUAUGAAUUUUGCCGCAAUUUCGAUAUUGGGAAAAGAAUUAUGAACAGGUCAGGAAAUUUUAACAAAUUUUGUAAAAAAAAAAAAGAAAAUCUUUCAUUUCCCAUAGAUAGUAUCGGAAAUAAUGAUAAGACAUAUGACGAUGUUAAUGAAAACGUCAGUAGGAAUAAUUGUUAUGCAUGCUUAAGUGAAAAAGACAAAAUAAAAAAAAAAAACGAAAACGGAUUUAAUAACGUUGAAAAGGAACAAGACAAACAUAGGGGAACUAUAAAUAAGGACUAUGAUCUGGCAUGUGAUCCAAGUAAAUAUGAUUUUUUUUUUUAUGAUGAGAAUCUUUUACUUAUGACGGGUAUUAGUUUUGGUAUUAGUCUUUUUAAGUUUAUGAAUUUUAUUACUCAUUAUCACAAAUAUACAAUUUGCAAGGAAAUAACUGAUAAGGAAAGGAAGUUAGUAUUUAGGAAACCAAUUAUAAGAGAGAGUGAACAAUUGAGCAAUAUGAAUGAUAUUAAUGAAAUAAAAAAUAGGAGUUAUUAUGGAGGGGUGGAAAGAAUAUAUUGUAACAACGAGGACAAACCAAAUAGUGUUUAUUACGCAGGAGGGACAAGUUUAUCCAUAACUAAGAGAUGUAUUAGUUCGAAAAUUAUUGGAAAAAUGGAUGACACGAGUAGCGCAAAGAUUAGCGAAAAAUUGAGUUCAAAAUAUUUCAGUAAUGGUACUGAUAGACAUAGUACCAAUUGGUAUAAUUGCCGUAGGGAAGAGGACGAUACUUCGAGAGUAAAUAAUACCUCUAGUAAGGAUGAAUUUACAAGAGUUAGAGGAAGUAAAAUUAUGGAUUAA